AGAUAGCCUUCCUCAGGACAUGUUAUCGGGGUGUUGCCUACGUUAUUGAUUGAUGGUAGACUACUAUAGUUAAUUGCAUCGCGUAAUAGCCAGGGGUAAGUUGGCUCGUUGAGUAGGCCUACAGUCAGGCUGGAGAGUGAUAUAGGGAUUGAUUUUGCGGGAUCGAAUCCAGUUUAAUGCUAGUUUUCCAAAACAUAGCAAGUAAUAGGCCUAUUUUUUUACAUGUCUUUUGUCCGAGUAGCUAGCGCUCAUGGCGUAUAUGAAAAACGACUUGUUUGUAAAUGUCUGACAAGUGACAACUGCUGCUGUGGUGGUAGCAUGCACGCGCAAGGAGGAGGCGGAGAAAGCAGAAGGCACAAGACCGGGAAUUCAGUUUCGGUUUUGAUUUGAGGAUGAGAAGACAAAAUUCCUCUGCGUCUUCGAAUCAAAUGCGUUGAACCCCCCAGUUUGGACGAUGGUCUCCCGCGUCUCCCUCCUCACCCCCGUCGCGCUGCUGCUGCUGCUGCCUUUGGCCGGAGGCGUCACACGGACAUACUAUAUCGGAAUCCGCGAGGAAAACUGGGAUUAUGAGCCUGGUCAAGAAGGUGGAGAGUAUCUGAAGGCUUUGUACAGGCAGUACACGGACGGCUUCUACACUACCGAGGUCCCCAAACCCAGCUGGCUGGGCUUCCUUGGCCCUGUCAUCCGGGCGCAGGUUGAUGAUGUCAUUGUUGUGCACCUGAAGAACUUUGCCAGCAUGCCCUAUUCCAUACAUCCCCACGGGCUUUUCUACAAAAAGGACUCGGAAGGUGCCCUCUACCCUGACAACACUUCAGGUCAGUGGAAAACUGAUGAUGCAGUUCCACCAGAGCACAGCCACACCUAUACCUGGAUCGUCCAAUCAGAGUUCGCGCCUGCAGAGGGUGACGCCCCUUGCCUCAGCUGGGCUUAUCACUCACAUGUCGACGCUCCCAAAGACAUCGCAUCAGGACUCAUAGGACCUCUGCUGACCUGCAGGAAAGGAGUUCUGCGAGAGGGGAGUGCGGGUCCGCAGCGUUCCGAUGUGGGUGCAGAGUUCUUCCUGAUGUUCAGUGUGGUGGAUGAGAACCUGAGCUGGUACCACAAUGGAACCGAUCGAGAACUGGACGACGAGUCCAACCUCAAACACUCCAUUAAUGGGCACAUGAGUGGCACUCUGCCGGGGCUGAGUGUGUGUGGGGGCGCUCGCGUGGCCUGGCAUCUGAUGGGCAUGGGCAACGAGGCCGACGUUCACUCCGCCCACUUCUACGGCCACACCCUCCUAGAGCGCGGGCACCGCCGUGAUGUCAUCAGCGUGUUCCCGGCCACCUUCACCACGGCCAUCAUGACUCCCAUGACAACGGGGAAAUGGAUGCUAAGCUGCCAGGUCAAUGAGCAUUUUAAAGCUGGCCUGCAGGCGUUCUACCAGGUGAACACAUGCCCCUCCGAUGCCCCUAUCUCCAUGGAGACGGGUGGGAUGGAGCGGCCUUAUUACAUCAGAGCUGAGGAGCAGGAGUGGGACUACGGCCCGCUGGGAGUCGACACGUUCACUGGCAAACCUCUCACAGAGCCCGACAGUGAUUCCGAGGUGUUCUUUGCAAAAGGGGGCGGGGCUCUGGGAGGGCGGUACCUAAAGGCCCGCUACAUGCGCUACACUGAUGCCACGUUCACCAGACGACACGCAAGCCACUCCGACACACACCUCGGCAUUCUGGGACCAGUAAUAGCAGCUGAGACUGGAGACACUGUUGUGGUAACGUUCUCCAACAGCGCUUCAAGAACCUACAGCAUCCAGCCACACGGACUGCAGUACGACAAACAGAAUGAAGGAGCUGAAUACCAGGAUGGUGUGAGUGGGCGGGGAGCUGCCGUCGCUCCAGGAGAGCAAUUCACCUAUCGGUGGAGAGUGCUGGAAGGUCCCUCCCCCUCUGAUCCCUUCUGUCAAUCAUACCUCUAUUACUCCGCCCACGACCCCGUGAAGGACACCAACUCUGGACUGGUGGGGCCGCUCAAGAUCUGCAGGAAAGGAGAGCUGGACCAGGAGGGCAAGCAGAGGGCGGUGGAUAAGGAGUUCUUUCUGCUGUUUGGGAUCUUUGAUGAGAAUCUGAGCGGGUACCUUCAGGACAACAUCCGUCGCUAUGGAGAUGGAAACACCAAACCAGAGGCAGAGAGCAACUUAAUGCAUGGUGUGAACGGGCGUCUCUAUGGUAACCUGCAGGGGCUGGAGGUGUGUGUAGGGGAGCGUGUGGUGUGGCACACCCUUGGCCUCGGCAGCCAGGUGGAUAUUCAUGGCGUUUAUUUCCAAGGCAACGUCUUCCGUCGGCAUGGCAACACACGUGACACACUCAGCCUCUUCCCUCACACCAGCGUCACUGUCACCAUGACAACCCACAGAACCGGUCUGUUUUCUGUGAGCUGUCGGACGACAGAUCACUUUGUGGCUGGAAUGAAGCAGAAGUAUAACGUAACGGCGUGUGGUGCUUCCACACACACCCCCUCACACACACACACGCCUAGCGCACACUACUUCCUGUCUGCGGAGGAAGUGGAUUGGGACUACGCUCCUGACAGAGCCUGGGAACUGGAGAAGCACAAGGAGGACAGUUAUGGCAGUGUGUUUGUGCAGAGGGGGGAUGGGCGGAUUGGCUCGCGCUAUAAGAAGGUGGUGUUCCGUCAGUACACCGACGCCUCCUACACCACCCGCCAACCAAUCACAGCGCAGGACACACACCUGGGCAUUCUGGGACCUAUUCUGAGAUUGCAGGUAGGCGAGCAGGUGUCUGUGACCUUUAAGAACAUUGUGUGUGUGUGUGUGUGUGUAGGUAGGCGAGCAGGUGUCUGUGACCUUUAAGAACAUGUGUGUGUGUGUGUGUGUGUGUGUGUGUGUGUGUG